CGACUAUAUUACUGUUAUCACACUGCGGCGACUAAGAUGCCAAAUGAAACCCGCGAUUUCGGUGACUUGAGGGUUACGCUUACCAAAGAAUUCGACUGGAAGUAUAGCGAUUCUGAGACGGGCUCGACGAGGGACGGGUCUUUCUACCAUGCAAAGUCCCAGGGCGACUUGCGUCCCUUGGGUUCUUUCUGCACUCCAAACUAUGAAGCAGUUCACAACAUAAGAGCAACGCUUUUGGUGGGCAAUGCUUCCAACGGCUCCGGAAAGCCAGCCGUUGCUAGUCCCACUGGUUACACAAAGACGUGGUGGGACCGCGGUGCUGGGGGUAAACAUGACGGCGCGAUCUGGAGGCCCAGCGCACCCUCUGGUUACGUCGCACUGGGAGAUAUCUGCACGAAUAGCUACAGUACUCCAAGCACAUCCGCCAUAUGGUGCGUCCGAUCGGACCUUGUCUUGCAAUCCGACUUCGGUGCGGACAACGUCUGGAGCGAUAGUUAUUCUGAAGCCAAGAUGGAUGUCUCCGUUUGGCCGAUUGUCAAACCCCAAAUGAGCGUGGACGGCUCCGAUAAGAUUCCAGUUCUUACCUGUCUGUUCAUUGCCAACUCGGGAUACAGCAAGCCUGAAUACAGUCGUGCCAAAGUCCUCGGACUGCCCGUUCCGAAGGAUUUCAAACGCUUCAGCGCAGACCUGCCAGUAUUCACCAAGGAUAAGAUUCCUCGUGAAGGAGACGUAUUCGAUGAGCUGGCGCAGUGCGCGGUCACAUUGCCCUUCACUGCCUUCUUCCCCCCAACGGACAAGUCGUGUCUGAAUCUGAUAUCUCAUCCAUUCAUCACGCUCCAAAGACGUACUGCAUGGUACGUUGAAGACGUGGCCAGGAACGCUGCCGACCAAUCCGGGACUCACUCAACGAAAAUCACCAAGGGCGUUUCUGCGUCCCAGUCGCAAGAAAUGACGCACUCGGCUGGUGUGUCGAUCACAAGCUCCUUCGGAAUUAAGGCUAUUGGCGGAGGCGUAGACGUCACCCUCAACUACCAAUUCACGGCGUCGCAAUCCUAUUCGUCGAGUGAAUACCAAGAGACUGAGAAAACGCAUACCUUCAAUAUUGGGCCUCAAACGGUUCUCGUCCUUCUCACUGACCGUGUAUGGAUACAGGCUACCCGCAGUGAUGGCUCUGCGACUCUACAUCGAAUUGGAUACAACGCUACCGACGACUUGAGUAGGACUGAGAUCAAGCUUAAGUAGAAGGAGCUUUCUGCUGCUAUUUCCCAGUUGCUUGUGCUAUUUUGUGCUGUAUGCCAACCGUACGAUUCAGUCGCUUAGUAUCUGCUCAUGUUAUCCUUUACUGUAUGCUAGCUACACAAUCCAUUCAUUUAGUGUCUGCAACUUUAGUCUCACUCUUAUUU